CAGACUAAGGGUACGACUUCAUUCGGAAAGAGACACAACAAGUCUCACACGACCUGCCGCCGGUGCGGAAAGGUAUCGUUCCAUAUCCAAAAGUCUACUUGCUCGUCUUGUGGGUAUCCCAGCAAGAAGAUGCGACAGUACAACUGGGGACUGAAAGCCAAGGGUCGUCGCACAACCGGAACUGGCCGUAUGCGCUUCAUGAAGUCCAUGACACGCCGAUUCAAGAACGGAUUCAGAGAGGGCACACAGGCAAAGAAGCAGGUUGCGAACUAA